CAGAGGGAAAUGUUCACUGCGGGCUGCACCAAAACUUUUCUGUGAUCUCCGCCCAUUCAACGCAUGUUAUAUAGUGAAACCUAAAACAACAACAGGCCCCUGUUAAGUCCUCCCUUUCAUCUGGAAACGUCAUUGAGCGUACAGCAUUACACAAGUGUGAUCCUAAAGACGUGGCAGAGAGAUGGACAACCAGUCCAAAGUGGAGCAUUCCAAUGGACACAGCAGGUCUCUGGACAUUGUGCCCAGCACCGAGGAAAAGAUGAAAGACAGGGGUCAAUGGGGCAACAAGCUGGAGUUUGUCCUGUCGGUGGCUGGAGAAAUUAUAGGCUUGGGGAAUGUCUGGCGUUUCCCCUACCUAUGUUAUAAGAAUGGGGGAGGUGCCUUCUUCAUCCCAUAUCUCAUUUUCCUGUUUGCUUGUGGGAUCCCAGUUUUCUUUCUGGAGACCGCCCUGGGACAGUACACCAGUGAGGGUGGCAUCACCUGCUGGAGAAAGAUCUGCCCAUUGUUUGAAGGAGUAGGUUAUGCCACGCAGGUGAUUGUUGCACUGUUGAACAUCUACUACAUCAUUGUGUUAUCCUGGGCCAUCUUCUACCUGUCAAACUCCUUUACAUGGGACCUUCCCUGGGCCUCCUGCAACAACACCUGGAACACAGCCUCCUGUAUGCCAUUUCAGAAGGGAAAUAGCUCCAUCAAUCACCAUGAGAACACCACUUCUCCUGUCAUUGAGUUCUGGGAGCGCAGAGUGCUGCGGAUCUCCUCAGGGAUUGAUCAUAUUGGUGUUCUAAACUGGGACCUGGUCAUCUGUCUUGCCGUUGCCUGGGUCAUCUGUUACUUCUGUAUCUGGAAGGGAGUUAAGUCCACUGGCAAGGUUGUUUACUUCACUGCCACCUUCCCUUAUGCUAUGCUACUGAUUUUGCUGAUCAGAGGCGUCACUCUGCCCGGUGCCUCCAGAGGAAUCCACUUCUACCUCUAUCCUGACCUGGGAAGACUGUCUGACCCACAGGUGUGGAUGGAUGCUGGAACCCAAAUAUUUUUCUCGUAUGCCAUCUGUCUGGGCUGCCUCACUGCCCUUGGAAGCUACAACAAAUAUAACAACAACUGUUACAGGGAUUGCCUGUCUCUCUGUUUCCUAAACAGUGGCACCAGUUUCAUUGCAGGCUUCGCCAUCUUUUCUAUCCUGGGUUUUAUGUCAUAUGAGCAGAACGUGCCCAUCUCAGAAGUGGCUGAAUCUGGUCCUGGCUUGGCCUUCAUAGCUUACCCUCGUGCUGUGUCCAUGAUGCCGUUCUCUCCUCUAUGGGCCUGCUGCUUCUUUAUUAUGAUAGUAUUUCUGGGACUAGACAGUCAGUUUGUGUGUGUGGAGAGCCUGGUGACAGCCAUGGUGGACAUGUAUCCCUCUACCUUUCGCCGUAAAAACCGCAGAGAGCUCUUCAUACUGGCAGUGGCAGUGAUAUCCUUUCUUUUCGGCCUCAUCAUGUUGACUGAGGGUGGCAUGUAUAUCUUCCAGCUCUUCGACUACUACGCAGCCAGUGGGAUGUGCCUGCUCUUCGUGUCUAUCUUCGAAACUGUUUGCAUUGCUUGGAUUUAUGGUGCCGACCGUUUCUAUGACAACAUCGAGGAUAUGAUUGGCUAUCGCCCUGGGCCUGUCAUCAAAUACUGCUGGCUUUUUUUCACCCCUGCAACAUGCUUUGGUACCUUUGCUUUCUCCUUAAUCAAAUACUCACCUCUGAAGUACAACAAUGAAUAUGAAUAUCCAUGGUGGGGUCACGGUAUUGGCUGGAUCCUGGCCCUGUCCUCGAUGCUGUGUAUUCCUCUAUGGGCGGCAUUUAAACUGUACAACACACCUGGGACACUCAAAGAGCGCCUUGCUCUCCUCACGACUGCUUCCAGUGAGUUACCCAAGACAAAGCUGGAACAGGAGAGGCUGGUGGCCGUGUAUGGUGCAGAAGGUGACACCCUCCAUCAGAAAGCACCUCCCACUAAGGACGGUUACUUCCCUGUUGAUGAAAAAGAAUCUCAUUGCUAGAAUCAGUGCCUUGACGGGGUCCGGUGUCACUCCUUGGCAGUGAAUUUCUGCCUGGCCCCAUACCAAGAAUACCUCACCAGAUAAGGUAGAUAAAACAGGCCCAGAUGCAGACUAAGACUCACCUGACCUGUAACUCCUGAUCUGCUGCUGGAGCUUUCAUUUUUGUACUGUGCCUUCAACAUUUAAUGGCAUCACUGUCUUUACAUCCCCUUUGGGAGACUUGGUGACCAUUGCAUUUACCAUUGGCUGUGUCAUAUGUACCUUUGGAAAAAAAAAAAAAAAGGCGUUCAUAGUUUUUACACAGUGGCUAAGAAUCUACUUUUGAUCAUGUUUGCUUUCUAAGGAAGCAUUUCUUCUGUUGUGGACAUGUUCAGGGUUGAAUCAGUCAAAAAGGACAUUCCAGUUAUUCAUUACAUCUAACUGUCUGCUUUAGUUGCAUCACAUGUGUUGCAUAACAUGUGAGCACAGAUGAAUUCAUGCUAAAUGCUAACUUGAGUUUUUAGAUGCACACCCUGAACACGAGUGCAUUUUGUUGUGACUUUAUUACAGUCAUGGUAGCAGCACUUUUUCAUUGUAUUGUAUCUCAGGUGAAAUAUCCUGACAAUACCAUUGUGCUUGAGAAUGCAAGAAAGACUUCUGCUGAACUGAUCAAAAUUCAACAAUUACAUUUCACUGUCUUAUUUGAUAUUAAUGUUAUGUCUUCAUUUGCUUUAAUGACAGUUUUGCAGAGUUGCAUAAAGAUGUUAUGUAUGAGUAGUCUACUGAGUAAUCAAAUCAAUGACAUAAUUCUUAUUUAGUCUCAGUUUUGCCUUGUCUUUACUGAAUCUUUGAAAUUAAUUGAAUUAAACUGUAGCACUUAAUGAAACAAUUAUACCUCUUAGAUAAAAUGAUCAACCCAGGCGUCAUACAUUCCAAAAAAGAAAAUAACUGUCCUUUUUGUUUAAGGAACAUGCUGUAAGCCUAUGUUUCUAUAGAUGUUGACAUGAAUAUAUAAUUAGUGAUAUAGGAAAUGCUUUUACAUUUGUAACUUUUGUAUGCUAAAAAUAUUUUUAUGACUGUAUAAACAUGCCAUCAUUAUCAGUUGCAUUGAAUGUAUUUUCAUAUAUACACGCACACGCAUUUAUAUAUAUACAUUUACAGUAUAUAUAUUAUGUACAAGAAAUCAGAUUUACAUGUGUUACUGUGCAUCAUUUUUGAUCUGUCUUUUAGCAAUAGAGUCACCAUAUAUAAUGAAAUAUCCUAAAAUAACACCACAUUGUCUUCGUCUGAUUUUUUUCUCUAAGAAAAUUAAAAUAUUGAAUUAUAAUGUUUAAGU